CUCGAGUGUUGCCUGCCAUGUCGUUCUUCAGAAUCGAUCGAAUCAACACUGUCAGCCGUGUUGUGUUGUCAUCAAUCAAGGAAUCGAAUCGAAUCCAUCGAACUGUGUUUGCUGUCUCUGUGCUUGCUGUCUUGUCUGGCCACAAUAGGUUUUCGCCAUGAAGACCAAUCGAAACACACCUUCUCGCCGACGCCCUGGUCUCACUUUGAAGUGUCCUUCUUCUCCCUCUCAUCACAUUCCUUUCCGACCCCAUUACCCUUACCACUAUCAUCCCAAUCAACAUCACUUACCACACAAUCAUCGAUCGGACACUCCCCACUCCAAAUCAACCAUUGAUGGACGCUCCAUGCUAUCACCCUUCUCGCCUGACAUUUCCAUGGCGGCAAACAACACAUCAACUUCAUCAUCACCACCCAUGGUCUUUGCUCCCAUUCGAUCACCUCCGGAAAAACUCAUGGAACACUUCAACUACGCCGUGUCGCUUCAACGAUCCAUGAUGAAAUACGAUGGACAACACUACACUACACAGAUCUCGGCCGAUAAAUCGGCGGACCUAGAAAUACUCAGUGCUCUCGGCGAGGGCUCGUUUGGGGCCGUUUACAAGGCAAACCACAUACCCACGGGCGCUACCGUUGCCGUCAAAGUCAUUCCCAAUGCGGGAAGCAAUCCCAGCGAAGAUGAAAAAAUAAAGGGAGAAAUCGACAUUCUCAGUAGGUGCGACUCUCCUUACAUUGUCGGAUACUUUGAAUGCUUUAUCAAACCACCGACCAACAAACCGGGAGAAAUGUGGAUUGUCAUGCAGCUAUGUGAAGGAGGAAGUAUGGUCGAUCUUAUCGAAGCCAGUGCGGGCUUUUUGUUGCCAGAGGACUGUGUGAGAGCUGUCUGUGCAUCCAUUGUUUUGGGAUUGGAGUACUUGCAUGGUGUCGCCAACGUCUGCCAUCGUGAUAUCAAAUGCGGUAAUGUCCUUCUCACACAAGAUGGACACGUUAAAUUGGCGGAUUUUGGUGUGUCGGCGGAACUCACAAACACGAUCAAUAAACGAAAGACUGUAGUCGGAUCUCCCUAUUGGAUGGCACCUGAGGUCAUUCGAGAGUCUCACUACGACGGACGAGCGGAUGUCUGGUCGUUGGGAAUCACGGCAAUCGAAAUGGCCGAAGGAGCACCGCCACAUUCUAAUCUGCAUCCACUUCGGGCCAUCUUUGUCAUCCCGACGAAACCGGCUCCCACACUGGCCGAUCCCGAUAACUGGUCCCCCGAAAUGUUGGACUUUGUAAGAUGUUGCUGUCAAAAGGAUCCUAACCAAAGACAUGAUUCGGCGCUGCUCAGUGCUCACCCCUUUGUUAAACAAGAAGUCAUUGCCUUGCGGGCCAUGCACUUGGGAGAGGUCCACACGGCCAAUGCUGAUGCCAGAGCCAAGUACAAGAAAUUUGCAGCAGCACAAAAACGAGCACCAGGGUUGCUGGCCAUUCGGAGAGUAAUGGAGCAAAUGAAAAAACAAAUGGACGGUGUCGUGGAGAGACGCGGCAUGGGGAAGGAAGGAGAUUCAAUUGCAGCGAAUAGCGAGAACAAGCUUACGGCUGGUUCGGGAAUUAAUGUGGGAUCACUGGCGGAUUCGGAUUACGAAAGUGAUGUUGGGACUGUGCAGAUCAGAUCUUCUGGGCAUCAAAGCAACGAUGGAGGGACACAACCCAGUCUCAGCGCCAAUCUUAAUGGCUUGAGCAAUGUCAUCCCUGCAAACCAAAGCGAGCCAUUCAUUUUCACUCCAGACUCGGAACAAUACAGAUUUGCGAGUGCGCCUCUUGAUAUGACUCCAGAACUUCAGCACGAUGAACAAUUUCAAUCCGACCUGCGGGCUCUGGCCAAGACGUUUGAAACGAAAUUGGCAGCUCUACGUGCCGCACAUGAAUUGGCUCAACAAAAACUCAUUGCAGAUGCGAAACUUCGAAACCACAUGCCCAUGGACGUUCGUGACUUGAUGGACAAGGCAGCAGAACGGAACCAAAAAGAACAAGCUAGCCGACACGCCAUGAAAGAAUCGUCGCACUUGACAGUGAUACAAGGUGCCAUGAAGCAGGUCGACGCUGAAAUGAAAGCGCUCGCGAACCCCCCUCCUCCUCCCGAACAAUCAAUGAAACAGUCACAAACGGAAUCCGAAUCGAAUCAACCAUAAAGGUUGCUGAAAGAAAGUCGUUGCAACGCAACAACAACUGAUAUGCGGAACUGCUUCUGAUAAGUGAAUAGAGGAAUGAAAGAAGCAAUCUCCACAUGGAUGGUGUCUCGUGAGCUCUGUCGUUCUUGAAGGAUUGCAGGGGACUUCACUGCGUCAUUCCAUUUCUAGAUGAUCCCAUCAAUUGCAUGAUCAUCAAAUGCGUGUUUUACACAAGGCAGCCCUCGUAAAUGAAUGGUAUAUUAUAGUCCAUUACUGCGUCUUUCUGUAUAUGUGACUGGGUGUAGUGGCGGAUUCGAUUCGAUGCUGCGACGGAUGGCGGAUUUCUUUCGCGACGCCCCCG